AGUGUCAAUUGCAGUGUGGCACGGGCAGUGAGAGCAGCGACAUCACGUUUCUGUUGAGUGCCCCUAAGCACCACCCGACUUCAGGGGCACAUAUGUACACGGUGCGAAAGUCGGCCACAGCCACAGACACUGACCAACACUCCUCUCCAGGACUUCAUUUAUGUCUGGUCGUCGAGUUUAAUGUCUAUAAAUAUCUCUCGUAGCUGAGGUGGAGCAAUGAAGAGCGUUCGUGGGCGACACACACGAACAAGGUCCGCCGCAUGUUAAGCUACUGUUGCAUGUAGGUGGGGGAGCGCUGUCGCUGUCCCAGGUGCUGAAAGCGCUCGUCAGUCGAUCUGCGGCAAGCCAACGAGACAGUGAUGUGAAUGAUGAACAAUAGCAAGGCAGUUAACAUAGCUCUAGUCAGAGUAAAUGGGAUCUCACGUCCUCUAAUGUUUAAAGGAUGAAGAGAUUUUUCCUGUCAACCGUGCCACUGCUAAUUCUCUGCUGCAUAGGUGUCUCUCACGUCUUUGCGGACAGCUUGGCGGCUCCUGUCAAUGUGACCAUCAAGGCUCUGAAGUCCAACUCUGCCGUGGUGACAUGGGACAUCCCCGAGGGGGACCUUGUCAUUGGCUUUGCCAUCACACAGCAGAAGAAGGACGUGCGCAUGCUGCGCUUCAUCCAGGAAGUGAACACCACCACCCGCUCCUGUGCAUUAUGGGACUUGGAGGAGGAGACCGACUACAUUGUGCACGUGCAGUCCAUCAGCAUGAGUGGGCCCAUGAGUCAGCACAGCGAACCCCUGCGCUUCCGCACGCCCAAGGAGUCUGAGACACAGGCCUCGAAGAGUAAAGACGAGGUGACCAUGGAGGAAGUGGGAGCUCAGCUGAGGGCAGGGGAGUUCAUCAUUAUCGUGGUGGUGCUGAUCAUGUGGGCAGGUGUGAUCGCUCUCUUCUGCCGUCAGUAUGACAUCAUCAAAGACAACGAGCCCAACACCAACAAGGACAAAGCCAAGACCUCAUCAGAGUGCAGUACUCCGGAGCACCCGACGGGGGGGCUGUUGCGCAGUAAGGUAUAACCCCUUCUCCCCACUGAGUCCCCACCGUCAACGGGCAGUUCCCCAAGAACAACAACAACAACAACCGGGCGCCAUCUGUGAACAUCAUCGAGGUGUGACGGCCAGAACACUCUCUAAUCCAAAGGAUUGAGUGUAUUCUAAACAGAGCAACCAAAGGGCCCUUUAUGCCCAUCUGCUUGUUAGGAUGAGGCUGGGACUGUGGGUCAUGGCCGGCCCUUUGGCAUGGGGCCUGGGUGUGAACUGGGCCCUCAGGACUCCAGGGUCCAGGUCUCAGAGGAGAGGCUCUAGAUGUGGUGGCAGGACUGUGGCUGUCACUGCUCUAAUUAUUGCCAGAAGGUCAAGGAGAUAAGGGCCAAAUGGGUUCAGCUAUGAGUUGAGAGAGAGGAGAUAUGAACAUGGCCAGGGGACUGCAUAUAACCAGGGCCAGAGACCCUCUCUCUCAGCUUGUUGUUAAUGAACUGAAACACACUGUCCCGGCCCCUGUUCCCCAUACUGCAACCAAGGCUUGAGCACUGUGCACCGUGUGAAAAUUAACUCCCCCUACUGCAUCUCCUCUCUGACAGUGUUUAUUUAUUUGCCUCCUAUUAUGCUCAUUUGCUGUAAGGCACCUACUGUACUUUCCUUACUAUUGUUUACCUCCUUUGACAUAUUAUACCUCUUAUUCAAACUAUAUAUCACUGUAUCAAAAUCGGUUUCAUUUUUUAUCAAUCUAUUCACGACAACCUCUUAUUGCUAAAGUACCAGUUUUAUAGAUCUCCUUCUGGCUAAACUCCCUGAAACCUCCUCUGAGAUGUGUUUUCAUUCGAUCAGAGAGCUAGUUAGUUCCCCUCUCAGGGAAUCCAGACAAUACAAGGCUAAUUUUGGAGGCCUUUCUGAAGCAAGCUGGUGGCUAUGACGUCAGAGCAAGAUCAAAAGGAGCACUCAAGUCGCCCGUACGGCAGAAUUCUCCAUUUAUCUGGAGAAUUAAAGCUUGUUAGCUCUGACAGCAGAAAAGAACGUUGUCAUUUAUAAACAAAUAUGGUCUCUACAUUUAUCAUUGAUUUACCUUAAAUAUAACAUUUUCUUUUAAAGGUCCAAUGCAGCCAUUUUUUAAAUCUCAAUAUCAAAUCAUCUCUGGGCAACAAUUAAGUAUGUUACUGUGUUUGUUUUCGAUUAAAAUGAUCAAAAAGAAGAAAAAAAUUGCUUCUUAGCAAAGAGCAAUUUCUCAAGCAAGAAUUAUGCUAGGACCGUCUGGGAGUGGUCUGAGUGGGGAGGGGAAAACUGAAAACUAGCUGUUAUUGGCAGAGAGGUUUGGAACUAUCUUUCUUAUUGGACUAUUAAUUUAUCGCAUGGUGAUGUCACCAUGGAAAGCCCAAAGCUCCAUUCCACCAAAACGGCUGAAAUUUCAGGCAGUCUUUUCAAACUGCUUUUACAAUAAAAGGGCUUUAUCCAAAUUUUCACAAUUACACAGUAUUAUUCCAAUCUCAGUGUGCAAAUAUAUAUAAAACACAUUGACUGCACAGGGCCUUUAAAGGGAUAAUCCACACCAAACGGCUAAUUCAUACAAUUAACAGUGUUAAAUAACACUAAUAUGUGAAUAUAUUUGUUAACAAAUGUUUUAUUUUGUUGUUAUAACAAGGUUGCUAGAAAUAUGUUAAAAGCAUUGUGGAAAUCUCUUGCAACAAAAACCACAAUGCAAUGCUCUUUCUGAACUGGCUGGCUAGCUAGCUAGAAAACAUAGCUAUACACAAUAAUACCAAAGUCAAUAUCAGCAUGUGAAGUAGCUAGCUAGCUGUAUAAUCGCCUAAACAAACUACACUAUCAAUUUAGGAGUCUCUCACCGAGUUAAAAUUGCAGUUCAUCAACUUGCAAUGAGUGAGUGCAGAAAGGGUACAUUGCUAUGGCAACAACAGCAUUUUCCCACAGACACACAGGGAGCAUAGAGAUACAUAGUAACAGCGUCUUUUUGAGGGCACUAAAUCCACCAUGGUUCGUUGGCCAAAGCAUAUGGGAAAAUGAAUGGCCUUUUUGUAGGGGUUCUGGAAAACAUGGGCUUAGGAGAUUUAGUUCUAUGAGAAUUUUGAAGCAUUUAUGUAAUAAAAAAAAAAGCACAUAAUACACAUAAAAGGCUUCAUAUUUCAAAAAGGUAAUGUUAAUUGACUAAUACAAUCGCAUAGAACAAAACAUAAGAUCUCCUAAGCCUGUGUUAACCUCAGACCUUAUUUUUGGCGUUUAUCCCAAAACCCCAUUCUUUCCCCAUUCCUUUUCCCCAUAGAUAGGUUAGCUGAGAACGUCACAAAAACGAUGUGCUUGCCUCCAUGGGGCAGAAGUCACCAUGUUGUUGUGAUUCUGGAUGGCCAGAUUGCUAGCAAGAAUGACAAGAAACUGCCAUGUGGGGAAUGGUAACUGGCUUGUUUCAUCUUGUUCUUGAUACCAUGUCUUGUUUUGAGGUGUUUUGACUGAUUUAAUGUCAAUGCUGAUAUGGCUAGCUAGCUAACCAACAACUGUAAUGACGUAUUUGAGGGACAAGUGCUCAUUGUGAAAAUGUAUUUGUUUUCAAUAAAACAUUGGAGAGGAAAUAUAGCAUACAUGUUAUCAACAAUCCAAGUCAACCCGGUCUGUUUUGUCCCAUAGUUGCAAAGCGUCCGUUUUGUUGCUAAACAACCAACCCGUCUAUAGGAAUGGCUAAAUGAACCAGAGGUAACUAAUUUCCUGUUUUUAGGACUAAAAGCUGGCGAGCUCUAUGGAGAUGGUACUUGAAGGAGAAACUGAGUUUAAUCAUUUGGUACACUGUUUAGAUUGAGCACAUCUAAGCGAAAUAUAUACUUUUUCAUGACGAUAUAAACAGAUGAAUGUGUUCCAGACAAGUAUGCCAUACCAUCUAUUGGCUGACUUGGCGAUCUGGAGUGCAGGUAAUUGUUUAAAAAGUGUCAUAAAAUGUGAUAAGUGCGUUAUCCCCCAUCUCCGGUGACGAGAACCAAAUAGCUAUGCCGCAUUCCUACAUCUUUUCCUGAUUUCACAGACAGACCACUUACAAGUUAAAUCAUGGGGAAUUAUUUUAUUUUACCCACUGAUAGAACAUAGGCUUUCACCAAAUUGACAGGAGUUUCAUGAAUUUGAUUUCUGGUGGUGGAUUAUCCCUUUAAGUAAAAAUAAUAUUUGACUUAUUAGUAGAUUUACUAAAAUGCUACUGUUCAAAUAUUUUAAGCGUAUAAUUUCUCUUAUCACCUACUUUUAUUUGUGAACGUUCAAGAGAGUUUAUAGACUCACCUUUAAGAGAGGCCUGACUCAUGUGCAUGGACUGGAUGUGUCUCUGAGGAAGGGCUAUACAGGCCUCCCCCAUGACAGCAAUAACAGCCCUGAGUGGAGCAGUGGAGCAUCUCACACACCGGCAGGCCAUGAAGCACCUGUCCACCUACACUCAACCUCCCAGCCACACUUAAUGCAGGGGGACUUUAAAAGGUGAUUAAAUAAGUUUAAAGUCCUAUUUUAUGAGUAUCCUUGUUUAUGAAAAGACCUUUCUAUGAAACACCUGCCACCCCCAACUUUCCCAGGUCUAAUCAACGAUGUGAUCACAAGCUGUAGGGCUGGGAAGUGCCAGGGACCUCACAAUACGAUAUUAUCACGAUACUUUGGUGCCGAUACGAUAUGUAUUGCCAUUCUCACGAUUCUAUAUGUAUUCCAAUUCGACUGUGAUUUUAUUACGAUUCGAUGUUCCGAACUUAUUGCUCACCAUAUGUAUGCCGCGGAGGAACAAAAGACAGCCAUGAGAAAACAAGUUUUGAUCAGUUAUGGAAAUAAAAGUGCUGAAAACAAUUUGUCUCCCUAUUUAAAAAGAUGAUGGAAAACAAGUUUUGCUGCAGGUACAGCCAACUAGCGCAAAUAUAAUAUUGCGAUAGUCAAAACGAUGCAUCAAAAAUAAUAUCCCGAUAUGUAACUGUAUCGAUUUUCCCCCCAUCACUAAUGAGCUCCAUAUGUUGGUUCUAAACUUUGACCCCUUUGAUUCAGUCCCAUCUGACAUCAUCAUUAGUAGUCAUCUUCACAGAAGGGCUUCCACUGAAUCAUCUUCAGUGUGAGAGUCCAUCCUCCCCACCCCAUGUACUGUAUCACAGGCAGGUGUUGACAUGCUGUAUGAAGAGACUAUGCUGUGGAGAUUAUCAAAUGGGCCAGACAACCUCCUCCACAUCCCCAUGAAGGGGACAUUUCUGUGGUAAUGUGUUUUAGGUCUGAUUAAAAAAAGCACUGCGUUAAACACCUAAAUCUUCCAUUUUGUUUGAUAGCAUGGGAUGGUAAGGGUCAAAUUUGUUCCACCUUUUCCAUUUAGUAUUUCCCUGCCACUUGGCCCAUGGAGGCUGCAGUAUGUUAUGUUAAACAUCUGUGGUCUGUCUGUAUCCAUUAUGAGAUGGUAUAGGAGGAAAACUAGAAUUUGAUUUAUUUUCUAAGGGACGGGCGAAUGUAAUGCUAAAUAAAGAGCAUGACAGAUAAAUGUGUACAUACGUUU